AUGCCCAAUCAUAGAUACUCCCACUCAGGAGCAAAACCCCAUUUGAAACACGAGCAAAAACACACACGCAACACAAUGUCCAUAGACUCGGCGGCCACGCCCUUUUGCAAAGACGUCCCCAAACUCCUCACCUCUUUCGUCGACACCUUCGUCGACUUCUCCGUCAGCGGCGGUCUCUUCUUGCCCCCUAACCCUGAAGCUGCCCCUGGCGAUGCUCUACCCUCGCCGCCGCCGUUGCGGACCCGCUAUCCGGCCCCGGAGGGCCGUCUGGUCGCAAUCGGCGAUCUCCACGGCGACCUCGAGAAGUCCAAGGAGGCGUUCAGGCUCGCCGAUCUGAUCGACAGAUCCGACGAAUGGAUUGGCGGGUCGGCCACCGUGGUCCAGGUCGGCGAUGUGCUCGACCGCGGCGGUGACGAGAUCAAGAUCCUGUACUUCCUAGAGAGACUGAAGCGGCAAGCGGCGAGGACCGGCGGGACCGUGAUCACCAUGAACGGUAAUCACGAGAUUAUGAACGUGGAGGGCGAUUUGCGGUACGUGACGAGGGAGGGUUUGGAGGAGUUUAGGGUUUGGGCGGAUUGGUGCCGUGUGGGGCGAGCAAUGAAAGGUCUGUGCGAGGGUUUGGAAAAGCCUAAGGACCCAUUGGCUUUUCGCGGCCUCAAAGAGAAAGAUGAGCCUUACAGAGCGAGAAUGGCCGCGCUACGGCCCAGUGGGCCGAUAUCGAGGCGGUUUUUGUCCCAGAACGCUACGGUCUUGGUUAUCGGCGAUUCGAUUUUCGUCCACGGCGGGCUUUUGGCGAAACAUGUAGAGCAUGGGUUGGAGAGGAUCAAUGAGGAGGUGAGGGAUUGGAUCAAUGGGUUGGGGGAGCAAUCCGCGCCGGGGCAUUGUAAGGGCAGGAAUGCAGUGGUGUGGUUGAGGAAGUUUUCGGACGAGGUGGCGAAGAAUUGCGAUUGUUCAGCUCUCGAACACGUGCUCGCCACAAUUCCGGGGGCAAAGAGAAUGAUAAUGGGGCAUACGAUUCAGGAGGUUGGGAUCAAUGCUGUUUGUGAUAACCGGGCGAUACGGAUUGAUGUUGGUAUGUCGAAGGGGUGUGGUAAUGGGUUGCCGGAGGUUUUGGAGAUUAAUGGGAAUUCGGAGUUGCGGAUUUUGACGUCUAAUCCGUUGUAUGAGAACAAGUAUAAAGCUUCUUUGCAUAGUGAGAGGAAGGAAGGCCUCGGAUUGUUGGUCCCGGAACGUGGACCGACACAAGUGGAAGUGAAGGCCUAAAACAGUUUGAGUAUCUAAACCUUCUAAUUGAUACUUACAUAAACCUUCUAAUUGAUACUUACAAUUCUCAUUGGAACUUCAUUUGGUGGUCUAUAUAGAACUGUAAAAUCUUUGCUUGUAAUCACUUGCUGUAGGAAAUUGGAACAAAAAAAGUAUCGCUGUAGGCUGUAGCAUUCUGAGCAUUUGAAAAUAUGAAUUUACCUUUCAUUUCAAA